AUGAGCCAGGAAAAGGGCUCCCCUCCACGGAGGAACUGCCUUAACAUAUUUUUCCCACAACAAGUGGAGGCGACCAAGGCGAAGUUAAAGCACUACCUGUAUGGAGUCCGCACCAAAGACACGUGCGUAGUGAUCCACGUUACACACAAGCACAAUGGUAACUUUGCGAAGGGCCACCGCGAAGGGGUCCAAAUAGUAGGCGAGCUAAUCUUCACACAGGAUGCGAAUGACGUAUACAAAACGAGUGCGUUAAAAGGGAAGGAAGAAAUUCGCUGUAACUAUCUAUACGUGGCUCAUUAUGGAGGGAGACCCAUCCUUAUAAGUGGACAAACGAAAGAAAUAAAAAAUCAGGACGCCCUAUUCAUACUGUAUAAUUUGAGCAAGUAUAUUUAUAUCAUUUCUGAUGACCAUGUGAGUAAGCUCGUUUGCGAGGCACUUAGGAGAGAUGGCAUGCUGGCAAAGAAGGGGGUUAAAAAAAAUGGGACAGAAGAGUGCCACUCCGGGGGGGACAAACUCGUCCUUGAUGAUAUAUGUAAAAGAAGUGACAACGAAGGGGACACUCAGGAAAAAUCCCCUUCUGAUAGAAGCCAUCAGGACGGGGGUGUCGACAAGGACGGACAGACUGAGCACACAGAUCGGGUGGACCAUAUGAACAGGCCAAAUUGUAGCAGUGGGGGGGGAGGCGGCGCGGCAAAGGAGGCAAACGAGGCAGAUGAGACAAAGGAGGCAGAUGAGGCAGAUAAGGCAAACGAGGCAAACGGGGCAAACGAGGCAAACGAGGCAAACGAGGCAAACGAUCAGGCACUCAACAUGCACGAAAUAAUCAUCCUAUUGAACAAAAAAAACUCGUACGCAGAGAUGAUAGAAAAGGGUGGAGAGGAGAAUGGCCCCCAUACUAACCAAGAUGACAGCACCAACCGUAACGAGCAGAACUUAGGCUGCCCCAUUUUGGCUCUCUUAUUUUUAACCUACCUUGUCUCAUCAGUGUGCAUAUCGUUUUACUACCUCCUGUGUAUAUUGGGCAAAAUAAACGCGAGGGUUUUUUCGAGCAAUAUAAAAAACACUCUCAGUUUUUUCAAAGAGAGAUUACACAUACACUCGGAAUGGCACCCCUUGUUGACUAGCUUAAUGAAAAGUAGACACAAUCCAUCUGAUUAUGCAAAAUACAAAGAGCUCCUCCUCAUUCGGCUUUGUAACUUCGUUAUAGAUGUCCUGUUGGGCUUCUUCCUCUUUAUCAUACUCUCUCACGAAAUAAUCGACCUGCGCUUCGCCUUCCAGAAAGCGAGCGUUUUGUAUGACUCCGGCACGUUGACGUCCAUACUGGGAACCCUGCUGCAGAACCCACUCGGGUUGAAGCUCAACAACAACUUCACCUCCUUCAUAGGAAGCAUAAUCGUUUCCAUCCUGGACAAAUGGGAUUAUUUCAAAAAUGUGUUUCCAUUAAAGAGCUCCUCGGCUGUGCAUCUCCUAAAACUGUCAUCCCUCUGCGGGGUUUCCUUUUUUCUCUCCUUCUUUAUGGACUACCUGAAGCUGAUCACUGCGCACGUUACUCUCAUUUUUGCCUUCCUGACAAAAAUUCUCUCCAUUUUUCACAGCAACAUGUAUUCUUUGUACCUCCUCUUCAAUGGGAAAAAAUGGAACAUUUUGAAACUGCGGGUGGACACAAACUACUACACCAAUGAGGAGGUCAUUCUGGGCACUGUCCUCUUCACCAUCCUGAUUUUUUUGUACCCAACCGUUUUUGUGCUCUUUUUAGUUUUCGGGAUUAUUUACGUCAUCAUCGGGAGAAUUAUAUACUGCCUCUCCCUGUUGAAGGAAAUCAUUUUAUACGCCCCCUUUUACGUCCUCCUUUUGAGGGACUCCCAGAAUGGAUACAUCAACAAGGGGAUAAGGCUCGCCGUGGGUAGGUUCAAGAAGGGAAACCAAAAUGGCGCCGUUGCAAAAUGGUGCCGUUACAAAAUGCAUAACGUGGAAUGGACAGAGCUGCCCAAGUCACACUACCUCCUGCUGGAAAAUGCCAACUUUGCAUUUUUCGAUAAGAUAAAAUUGUUUGUAGAUAUUUUCGUCCACCGGGAGGGUGCAAAGUGA